AUGUUGGGCAAUCCUCACGUGUGUGGGGGUGUUUUAUUGUCCUUGAAUCCCGCCAUUGUCCUCACCGCUGCCCAUUGUGUGGCCGACGCACCUCAUCCAUCCACCAUUGAAAAGAAUCCCUACUUUGCAGCCUACAGCCAUAUCGAUCGAAAGAAACAAAAAAUCAACGCCAUCGACGAUUGGAUAGUGCAUCCAAACUACAAUAUCAGUAACAAUGUCGAUAUGCAUUACGACCUUGCUCUUGUCAAGUUGGAGGAUCCUCUGGAACAAUCCGAUCACGUGGAUCGUGUUGCUUUAUGGCCAGCAGAUGGCAGGUUACACUCGUUCGAUGGCAAGUUGAUGGGAUUUGGUUUCUUGGUCAAGGAUGGUCCUGAAGCUAGGAGGUUGCAAUCGAUUGAUGUCAAGGUGACGAAAUUGGCAUCCGGGUUACGGGAUAUGGUGGAAGCCAUAUCAGCUGACGACGAACAACGUGCUUGUCAUGGUGAUUCAGGCAGCCCAUUAAUCAUACGACAAAGCGUGAACAAUGAUACAGCACCCUACGUACUUGGCUUGCUUGCUCGUAUUUUUGGUGUACAUGAUCUCGAUCCAAACCAUGCAACAUGCCCACAGCCCUUUAAAAAGAACAGCAAAGUACCCACCAUCACUGAGAGUUUUUGCAAUGUGUCCAACAUGCUUGAUUGGAUAUCAGAAAUCACUGGAAUAUCAGUAGCCAACCUUACCGAUCCUUUCUAUCACGUAAACGAUCCAUGUUACGAAUCCUGCGCAGGACGCUGGACAGCAUCAAAAUCACAUGACUCGUCAGGCCACAAAGGGGAUGAUCAUUGGCACAUUGGAUUUGGUGACGAAGCAUUCUUAAAGGAACAACCUGACAAAUGGUUUAUUGGGCCUGUUGUCCAAGAUAAUCCCAUGUAUCAUGACGAGACGUCUUUUGCUGUUUUUAUUGAACCUAGAGCAUCCAUCACUCCACUUUUCCUCUUUGUAGUUUCCUGUUUCCUAUUAAUCUAA